CGGAGCCCCGGGGCACACCCUCCGUGACGUGGCAGCCCCCCGGGAGUCCGCCUGGGAAGUUCACGGCUCCCUGGGACGCCUCCAGGCUUCUUAGGUCCCAACCCCGCCUGCACACUCCCCGCGACGAAGUUGCUGCGCCUCGCUAGGAGUUUGGGAGCCUUUCUCGCUCCCUGCCAGCGUCUCCUAGCCGGGUUGAAGAGUGCCCCCUUCCCCAGCCCCACCGGCUGUGCUCGCGGGUUCCACCGGCCCCGCUUCCACGCCUCCUCCCUUCUGCGGGGUCGGGUCGCCGCUCCCGGGCCAGUAGUCCCUGCCCACUCCGCGAAAGCGUGGUGGAGGCCCUUCAGGAAAAGCAGCUGCAGGGGUUUCACUUCCCAUCCCGCAGCAGCUCACCGGCCCGUGGCAGUCUGUGCUGCCUUCAGGCCUCGGCGAGUUCCUGCUAGGGUUCCUUUGAUGAAAUGCUGAGCAGCGGCCGUUGGGAGCUCUGGGACAGACGGGUACCCUCCAAGAGGCUUUGUGCCUCCUCGUGGCCCAGCGCCCCCAGAGCCUCCUGUCAGGCUGAGGCUAGGGUGCUGCGAUGUGAAGUCUGUUUGUUUAAUUAUUCACGGGGGCGUAGGGUGGGGAGUGACAUAAUUAGACCUAUCUUCUAAGGAAGAUUUCAGUUCUGAGCUCCUCUUAUGGUCCUGCGAUACUUACACAUACAUCACUUCUGUAGUUCUUAAACUUCUGAGAGUUACGGAGCUCUUUGUGAAUCUCAUAUGAACCUUCAGUCCAAAAAAAAGAUGCACGUUUUGUAUACAUUUUCAGGGAGUUUGGACCCAGCGACUCCCCGUUCCCCCCCCGCCCCCAGUCUCCAGCCCACCGGUGGGCUUAUUUUAAUUUUCAUAACCACCCUGUGAGGUAUUAUUUCCCCUAUUUAAGAAAUAAGGAAACAGACUCAGAGAAGUUAAGGGUUUUCUCAAAGGUGACAUAGCAUGUAUGCUGUAGAAUCUGACUUGAGCUGCCAAGACUCCCUAAGUUCAGAGACCCUGCGUUUUCCCCUGCACCAUGUUGCACUACGCUGUAUGACUUUAGCUUUCAAGAUCCUCCUCCCACAAACCCUCCGUGCAUUCAGCCGAAAAGAACUGUGCCUGUUCCAAGAACGACAUCGUUGGCCUGACAUCAGACUAUUUAGCCAGUGGUCAGAAACGGAUCUGCUUCAUGGGUGCUGCCUUCUGAGAAAAAAGCCCAUUCUGUCCUUCCAGGGAGGCAGUCUAAGAUCACGUGCCACCUGCCUUGUUUACUUGCCAGGGUUGCAUGUGGGACUCUGCAGUGGCCCCAGUGAGAUGGCCGAGCAACGAUUCUGUGUGGAUUACGCCAAGCGUGGCACAGCUGGCUGCAAAAAAUGCAAAGAAAAGAUCGUGAAGGGCAUAUGCCGGAUUGGCAAAGUGGUGCCCAACCCCUUCUCAGAGUCUGGGGGUGAUAUGAAAGAAUGGUACCACAUUAAAUGCAUGUUUGAGAAACUGGAGCGGGCCCGGGCCACCACCAAAAAAAUUGAGGAUCUCACAGAGCUGGAAGGCUGGGAAGAGCUGGAAGAUAAUGAGAAGGAACAGAUAACACAGCACAUUGCAGAUCUGUCUUCUAAGGCUGCAAGCACACCGAAGAAGAAAGCCGUUGUCCAGGCUAAGUUGACAGCCACUGGCCAAGUGACAUCUCCAUCAAAAGGCUCCUCAUUUGUCACCAAUAACAAUCCCCGGAAGUUUUCUGGCUUUGCAGCAGCCAAGCCCAACAACCUUGAUGAACCUCCCUCAAGCCCUACUCCUAAGACUAGCCUGUCCUCAAGCAGAUGUGACCCCAAGCACAAGGAUUGCCUUCUCCGGGAGUUUCGGAAGUUGUGCGCCACGGUAGCUGAAAAUCCUAGCUACAACACGAAGACCCAGAUCAUCCAGGACUUUCUGCAGAAAGGUUCUGCAGGAGAUGGUUUCCACGGUGACGUGUACCUAACAGUGAAACUGCUGCUACCUGGUGUCAUUAAGAGUGUUUACAACCUGAAUGAUAAGCAGAUUGUGAAGCUUUUCAGCCGCAUUUUUAACAGCAAUCCAGAUGACAUGGCACGAGACCUAGAGCAGGGUGAUGUUUCAGAGACAAUCAGAGUCUUCUUUGAGCAGAGCAAGUCUUUUCCCCCAGCUGCCAAGAGCCUCCUUACCAUCCAGGAGGUAGAUGAAUUUCUCCUGCAGCUUUCCAAGCUCACCAAGGAGGAUGAGCAGCAACAAGCUCUGCAGGACAUUGCCUCCAGGUGCACAGCCAAUGAUCUUAAGUGCAUCAUCAGGUUGAUCAAACAUGAUCUGAAGAUGAACUCAGGUGCCAAACAUGUGUUAGAUGCCCUCCACCCCAAUGCCUAUGAAGCCUUCAAAGCCUCACGCAACCUACGGGACGUGGUGGAGCGGGUCCUUCGCAAUGAGCAGGAAGUAGAGAAGGAGCCAGGCCGGAGACGAACUCUGAGUGUCCAGGCCUCACUGAUGACCCCCGUGCAGCCCAUGCUGGCUGAGGCCUGCAAGUCCAUCGAGUAUGCAAUGAAGAAAUGUCCCAAUGGCAUGUUCUCUGAGAUCAAGUAUGAUGGGGAGCGAGUCCAGGUACACAAGAACGGGGGCCACUUCAGCUACUUCAGCCGCAGUCUCAAGCCUGUCCUGCCUCACAAGGUGGCCCACUUUAAGGACUAUAUCCCCCAGGCUUUCCCUGGAGGCCACAGCAUGAUCUUGGACUCUGAGGUGCUCCUGAUUGACAACAAGACAGGCAAACCACUCCCCUUUGGAACUCUGGGAGUGCACAAGAAAGGUGCCUUCCAAGAUGCUAAUGUCUGCCUGUUUGUUUUUGAUUGUAUCUACUUCAAUGAUGUCAGCUUAAUGGACAGGCCUCUGCAUGAGCGGCGGAAGUUUCUUCAUGACAACAUGGUUGAAAUUCCCAACCGGAUCAUGUUCUCAGAAAUGAAGCAAGUCACGAAAGCUUCAGACUUGGCCGACAUGAUAAACCGGGUGAUCCGAGAGGGGCUGGAAGGGCUGGUGCUGAAGGACGUGAAGGGUACAUAUGAGCCUGGGAAGCGGCAUUGGCUGAAAGUGAAGAAGGACUAUUUGAACGAGGGGACCAUGGCUGACACAGCUGACCUGGUGGUCCUUGGGGCCUUCUUUGGGCAUGGGAGCAAAGGUGGCAUGAUGUCGAUCUUCCUCAUGGGCUGCUAUGACCCUGGCAGCCAGAAGUGGUGCACAGUCACCAAGUGUGCAGGAGGCCACGAUGACGCAACGCUCGCCCGCCUGCAGAAGGAACUCGACAUGAUAAAGAUCAGCAAGGACCCUAGUAAGAUACCCAGCUGGCUGAGAAUCAACAAGAUCUACUAUCCUGACUUCAUCGUCCCAGACCCAAAGAAAGCUGCCGUGUGGGAAAUCACAGGGGCUGAAUUCUCCAAAUCUGAGGCUCACACAGCCGAUGGGAUCUCCAUCCGAUUCCCUCGCUGCACCCGAAUCCGCGAUGAUAAGGACUGGAAAUCUGCCACUAACCUCCCCCAACUCAAGGAACUGUACCAGUUGUCCAAGGAGAGGGCAGACUUCACUGUUAUGGCCGGAGAUGAAGGGAGCUCCACUACAGGGGGCAGCAGUGGAGAGAACGAGGGAACCUCAGGGCCUGCCGUGUCCUGCAAGGCCCCCAGAGCCUCCCCCAACAAGCCUUCUGCCAGUACCAAGAAGGCAGAAGGGAAACUGAGUAGCCUCAACAGCAAAGGAGAUAAGGGAAAUAAGCUGACUGCAAAGUCUUCUUCUGUGAACGUGGGAGAGAAGCGGACCAUGAAGUCUUCUGUGAAAGUAGGAGAGAAGAGGAAAGCUCCUGAUGAGCCCCCGUGCCAGACAAAGGUGCUGCUGGACAUCUUCACUGGGGUACGGCUCUACCUGCCACCCUCCACACCAGACUUCAGCCGUCUCAGACGCUACUUUGUGGCAUUCGAUGGGGACCUGGUACAGGAAUUUGACGUGGCCUCAGCCACACAUGUGCUGGGCAGUGGGGACAAGAACUCUGAGGCCCAGCAGGUCUCCUCAGACUGGAUUUGGGCGUGUAUCCAGAAACGGAGACUGGUAGCUCCCUGCUAGGACAGCUGUCUUCCCUUGGGCAAUACUCUCCCCUAUUCUACUACCAGUCUGGGCUUAGGCUGGAGCCGGGUAGACAGAGGAGCAGAACAGGGUGGGAAUGGGCUUCUUUUCCAAGCAAUGCAUCUUCUAAAACCCACCAUUAAUGGUCUCUUCUGGACCAGGAAUUAGUUGCUAUGGGUACCACAAAUGAAAUCAGUUUCUCUUCCUGGUCUUUUUGUUUUCUUUAAAGAGAAGCUCAGUUAUUUUCUUUAAUAAAUAAAAUAUCUUGCAGUUCUCUCUGUCCUUUCCCAAUCUGCACCCUUUUAAAUUUCCCUGGUGAUUAAAGGAGUGAAGGCUGGGUUAUUGAAGCUCUGCUCACAAAGCCAACCUGGCAUAAGUUUUAUUUAAAAGACUACUUUCAGAAAUGCAUUUUAUGUUUGGCAAAACUUGUAUUCAUCCUGGUCCCUUUUGCCAGGAAUGAAGCCUCGUUUGAAAGAAAACAAAAUGAACUUUCAUGACUUGAUUCUCUGUGCUCCCCAAUUACAGUGUGUGGGUCUCUGGCUUGCAGGAGGGUAGCAAGGAGGACCAGGAUUAGGUUGGAAAAUGGGGCCUUUAAGAAGGGAGGAUUUGGGGGCUCUGGGGGUGAUACAAAGCUCUGGGAGGAUCUGUCUUCCAAAUCUGGAAAUGAGACCACUCUUUAUAAUUAAAAAUCCAUACCAAGCUAUGUAGAACAAAUGUACACAACCUGCUUACAAAGAAUGGCUCCCAUGCCACAUAAGGCUGCGUCAUUUGAAGAAUAAAAGGAAGACAAUUUAGAGUAAACAAGUACUAUUCAAUAGAAUUUUGUGACAAUGAAAAGAUCUAUAAAUCUGUACUAUUCAAUGAUAGCCACUAGCCACAUAUAGCUGUUGAGUACUUGAAAUGGGGCUAGUACAGCUAAGAAAUUAAAUUUUUAAUUUUAAUUCAAAUUUAAAUAGUCCUGUGUAGCUAGUGAUGGCCAUAUUGGACAGCACAGGUUCAAAUCCCAGCCCCGAAGCUGAAUAGCUCUGUGAUUUUAGGCAAACGACUAAACAUGUUGAGCCUCCAUUUCUCCAAAUAGAAAGGGGAUAGGAAUUGUACCUGUAUCAUAGAGUCACUCUAAAGAGUAAAUGAACUCAUAUCUAAAGCACUAAGCACAGAGCCUGUCUGGCACAUAAAGGAAAAAAAACAACAGUGGCGUGUCCAGACCCUACCCAGGAGAUGGGCCUUGGCCUGUCAUUUCAGAAGGCUAUGUCAGACCACUUCCACAACUAAGCAUCUGCCUCUGAUAGCACUGUUCAGAGACCAGGCUGCGUUAGGUCACCCUGUGGUGACAGCCGGGCUUCCAUGUCCUAGUCCUGCUGACCCUUGCGGAUCAGUUCCUUUUCCUAAUUAUGUACACAUUAGCAGGCUUUUUGUCCAUCUCCCGUGUGGUGGGUUACUGUGACUUAACCUCUGAGACAUGCAUGAGUAUCUGGGACCCCAAGAUUGAAGACCACCACCUCCCCCCACUGGUGUAUUGAACCAAGGUACUACUCUGCUGUAAGGCUGCUUGCCAGUCAGCUGGGAGACUAGCAUUAAUCUGAUUGACCUUGGCUUCCACCUACUGUUGAAAUGUGUUUGAGGGGUAGAGGGAAGAGGUAGGAGGGGAGGGUAUUGCCCUGACUAGAGUCCAGGACAUUUGGGGUUUUUCAGUAGGCCCUAUUCGGUCUGGCUUCAACGAUGAAAAUAAAGACAUUCUUUUUAUUUCAUUCUCUGUGGAGACAAAAGCUGUUCCUCCCUUGAGCACUGACCUACAUAGAUUUCCAUCCCUCCAAGGCUCCUCAGGUCAACUGGACAGGGUAGCAGAACAAGCUUCUCCUCUUGGGAUCCUGCUGACAAGACACUGGCACUGCCCUCUGGCCCGGCUGAUGGAGACCCAGCCCCACCUGCCCUUACUGGUCGCUCCCACUCAAGGUGCCCCCUCACAGCAAAGGGGCUCUGCCAGCUGCAGGUGAUCAUUUCAGUAAUGAGCUCAGCCCCUUGGCCCUUCCCGUUUUAUUGUGCGCUAUCUGAAAUGGACUGUUAGUAAUAUAUUUGUGUAUUUCCCUCCAGUGUUUCUGAUGUUUUUCCUUCUGAGAUUAUAUUGUAUGUUCAAUUUUGUAUCCUUUCAUAAAUUUCCAUGUGACCCUAAGCAACAUCAUCAUAAAUCUACCCAGCAGUGUUAGAGACCUCCCCUCUUUUGAGCCUUUAGGUUCUGCUGGAUAGCAGCAGGCAGAGGCAUAACUGGGUGCUGGCAAGUCAACCCUCAGAGCAGCAAGGACAAAGCGCAGUGGCUCAGCCUCUUCUCUCCUCAGGCACAGGGCAGAUGUGCACAUAAUCUUGUUCUUUCAAGGGCUGUAUACUCAGGAGUCUCCUCCCCUCCCCUUGGGUACCUGAUCAGGGAGGUGUGUACAGGCCUGUGCACACAGCAGUCUGCCUGCGAGGUCGGGCCAACCUUCUGAGCCACAGCCACACUCCAACAAACUUACCUUAGCUGUAUGCAGAAGCUACCAUGUCUGCCAUUGUAACCUGAGGACCUGACUGGGCUCACUAGCUGGCCUCAGAUUCUUUUCCACCCAGAUCUUUAAGGCUCAUCUCUGCCGAAUCACUUGAUGCUUCCUAUCUAGUCUUGGGAUUCUUCCUUUUCCUACCCAGCUCCCAUCCUAUUCUGGGCUGUUCUGUGGCCUCUCCCACAUACUAACUCUGAGAUCUUGGGCAAGUCACAACACUAAGUUUCAGUUUCCUCAACCGUAGAACAGGAAUAUCUUGACAAGGCCCGAGCAUCUCCAAAAAUAAUGCAGUCCCCCAAGCAUGCCUAUGUGCACGUGGCCUGGGGUGAGCCUGUAGUCUAUCACUUCUUUUGUCAAUCUUAACUCAGACCUCUGGCAUCCUCACACCAGAUUGGACAGGCAUCUAUAAUGAAACUUUAUUACAAAAUUAUAAAGCAAAGUUCUGUAACAAAAAUACACACGUGGGCUUUCUUUAACACCCAAGUAAGUCUGAGAAUCAAUAUAAGCCACUUGAAGUAACACAUUCACAUCCAAGAGAUUUCAACAAAUUUAAACUAUAUAUAUUGAGCACUAAUUCCUGUACAGUUUAUUCUCAUUAGUUUGGAUCCAAUUAUUCCAAUGUAUUAUGAACCAGUCAGCUUCCCCCAAUCUUUUAAAAAUAAGCCUCAACUGAUCUCACAGCAAUCAUAGCAAAAGCCAAGGAAUCAUUGGAAGAAUUAGAUGUUUCCAUGAUAAUUAAGACCAAGGACCCAUAAGGGGCAGGAGGGGAGGACUCAAGGAUAAAAUCAGGUUUUCGACCUGGGUGAGAUACUGGCUAGAAUAGAAUUUUGGAGCUCCCAAUUUUGAUUUGGUGUUACAAUAAAGAAGGUACAAAAUA